CAAUUUUUAAGGACUAACAAUAAAUAUGAAGCUUAAGACACGGUCGGUGAAAAAGAGAGAUCUGAAAGCUUUGCAGAAGCAAAGUGAGACAGAUGACGCUGAAGCUAGCUCCUACUCACAAGUAGCUAGUUGAACCACCAAGCCCAACCUUGAAGACAUCAUUAUUUGACAGAUUUGUAAGGAUCAGGUUGAUAAAGACCAUAAAAUGUGCCCCAAAUGUAGCUGAAUUUGGUGCAGUGAAUGCAUUCAACCUUGAUUUAGCAAUAAGAAAAGUGUGAAUUGUCCCAAUUGCAGAGGAACUAUCCACAAAAAGAGCUUGAAGAAGCUUCCAUUGUUUGAAAAACUCAAAGAAUUCUUUCAGGAUGUCACUACCUUUCCUCCAGCUCCCAAGGUAACUGGAUGUCCGAUCCAUAAUCUCCCAGAUGAAUAUUAUUGCAAAGAGUGAGACAUCUUGUGAUGUUCCAGGUGAGCUCUCCUGAGUGAGAGUCACAAGACACAUUCUUUUGUCUCUCUAGAAGACAUUUUUAAAGUCAAAAAGGAGUCAAUCUUGCAGUUACAAGAGAAACUCAGAGGGCUGGCAAAACAAUGUCAGAAUUUGUUAGAUGCCUCAUCUAAAAAUGUUGGGAGAUCUAAGAAACAUCUCUCUAAUUUGAAAGGACAAUUCGAAAGAUGAGCCAAGGACUGGAUCGAUCAGUUUGAGGCAAAAUUCAAUACUCAGUUGGAAGCUGAGUCCAAUUGUAAGAACUCUAUUGAAGAACUUCUCACAGAAGCAAAAGCUCAGAAUAUUGAAUUUCAGAACCUUCUUGAAAGAGACGACAAAGCUAACUUAAUUAGAAGUUAUAACGAAGUUGCUCAUAAUGCUAGAGGAAUUCUUGUUAAGCAAGAUAACCUUAAAGUAUCGAAGGUCGUUGGAGGAGAGGACAUAGAAAAUCAUUUCCUUCCUAAAUACACCGCCCAAGAAUGAGCCAUUCCUUCUAUAACAAAUGAGACUCCAGAAGAUCAGUACCUCUACUCUCAAGAGUUUGUGGUAGUCAAGGAUAAAUUUAAACUCGGAGCAAAGGUAAUACAGGAGAAGAACACUAAGAAGGUCCAAAUUUCCCUAAGGAUAUAUAAGCCUAACGCUAGAGAGAAGCAAUACCAAGUUCUGCUGUAUCAUCCUAAAAGCGGUAAGCUGAUGGAUGAGUUCUUCCUGUAUGUGGACAAGCAAAAGCAGGCUGAGAAGCAUAUCUUAACGACAAUAGCAAUGAACAAUAAUUUUGAAGAGCUCAAAUCUGAUGAUGGUAGACUUAUCUUCCAAAUUAAGGUUCGACCAGCCAGUUAUUUACAAGUGACUUUGGACCAACAAGACUAUAUUGAACAACUAGAGAGAGGUAAAAAUGAACCACUCUUGUAAUUUAAAGAUUUUCUCCGAAAUUUUCUG